CUGUAAAACUACACACAGGACAGACUUUGAACAAGAUAACUAGUUUAUACGUGUAAUUCUUAAUUAAAGAAAGAAAGUGAAUCUUAAUAUGGGACACUCUUUUAAAUGAGUGGAUAAUGCCCCCGUUUUAUCAAUGUCGUGCACCCCUUCGUGAGUGUAAUGGUCUGCUCCGCACAGAAACGACACGGCCGUUGCUCACAGAGCCGAGUGCUGGGAGAGGUUUACACAGCCUGCCAUUGCUGUAGUGCCCCGUCCGAGUGAUGCCUACUACUCCCAACUUUUCAUCCAGAGGUUAGCGACGAAACAUAAAAGCAAGGUGGCCUUUAUAUGCCUUUUUCCCUACUCGAGUUUCUUCCAUGACUCGAUACAUGAAUGGACUAACGUGAGCGCUUCAGCUGGGGAAGAUAAUAUAAUGAACUUUGGACUUCCCUCACGGCUUUUCGUGACAUGUUUCCCGUCGUCCUGGAUAAAAUAAAAUAACAACGUAGCCCGGCGUGGCGGCAGCUGGGCGAAAAAAAAAUCAACUGGGAGGAUAUAAGCGCACUAAACCAAGUUAAUAACAAAACAAAGACGCCAACAACUUUUAAACGGCCACUUUUGGAGCGGAAUUGCAGUGUAAAAUGUCCUCCAAAGCUUCAAAUAAGAGUGCAGCGAUGGAGGAAACGGUUAUAUGGGAACAGCACACAGUGACUCUUCACAGAGCUCCAGGUUUUGGGUUUGGCAUUGCUAUCUCAGGUGGACGAGACAACCCUCAUUUCCAGAGCGGGGAGACGUCCAUCGUGAUAUCUGAUGUGCUGAAAGGAGGCCCUGCAGAGGGACUCCUACAAGAAAAUGAUCGAGUGGUAAUGGUCAAUGCCGUCUCUAUGGACAACGUAGAACAUGCCUACGCUGUGCAGCAGCUCCGAAAGAGUGGCAAAAAUGCAAAGAUAACUAUUCGUAGGAAAAGGAAAGUGCAGAUCCCUGUUUCUCGGCCAGGGGACAGGGAGACGAUGUCAGAGCACGAAGAAGAGGACAGCGAUGAUGAUGAUGAUUAUGAGCCCCAGCAUGGUCGUGGUGGGCAAAGUGCCUAUGAAGGAGCAAGUGGAGGCCCGAGCACAGGCAGGCGUCACGAUCGUGAGCGUAGCAGCAGCGGUAGGCGGGAUCACAGUGCCUCGCGGGAGAGGAGUGUCUCUCCACGCUCUGAUCGCCGAUCACAAGCUUCCUCUGCUCCCCCCAGGCCUGCCAAGGUUACCCUAGUGAAGUCACGCAAAAAUGAAGCAGAAUAUGGACUACGGUUGGCGAGCCACAUCUUUGUUAAAGACAUCUCUCCUGAAAGCCUUGCAGCCAGAGAUGGAAACAUUCAGGAGGGAGAUGUCGUACUUAAGAUCAAUGGCACCGUUACAGAGAAUCUAUCAUUGAUAGAUGCAAAGAAGCUGAUUGAGAGGUCGAAGGGCAAGUUGAAAAUGGUAGUGCAGAGAGAUGAGCGAGCCACACUGCUUAACAUUCCUGACCUUGAUGACAGCAUCCCAUCAGCCAAUAACUCAGACAGAGAUGACAUUUCAGAAAUACAUUCACUGACAUCAGACCAUUCCAAUCGAUCUCACGGGAGAGGUAGUCGAUCAAGAUCGCCUGACAGGCCUGAAACAUCAGACCAUCUCCGUCACUCACCUCGGCAGAUCAGCAAUGGCAGCCAUCGCAGCAGAGAUGAGGAACGCAUAUCUAAACCCGGGGCCAUGUCCACACCAGUUAAGAGCUCUGAUGAUGGCGUCUUGUCACAGGCCAGCGACCAGGCCAGCUCCAGAGAUGACAAACUGUUACCUCCGCUGCCUGAACCAAAGCCAGUUUAUGCACAACCUGGUCAGCCUGAUGUUGACCUGCCUGUAAGCCCCUCUGACGCCCCUGUACCCAGUGCCGCUCAUGAUGACAGCAUCCUCAGGCCGAGUAUGAAGCUGGUCAAGUUUAAGAAGGGAGAGAGUGUGGGUCUGCGAUUAGCGGGAGGAAACGAUGUGGGAAUUUUUGUGGCUGGAGUUUUGGAGGACAGUCCUGCAGCUAAGGAGGGACUGGAAGAAGGAGACCAGAUUCUCAGGGUGAACAACGUGGACUUUGCAAACAUCAUCCGGGAGGAGGCUGUGCUGUUCCUGCUGGACCUCCCCAGAGGAGAAGAAGUUACUAUUUUGGCUCAGAAGAAGAAGGAUGUAUAUCGAAGGAUAGUGGAAUCAGACGUAGGUGACUCCUUCUACAUUCGAACACAUUUUGAAUAUGAAAAGGAGUCGCCAUACGGGCUAAGCUUUAAUAAGGGCGAGGUUUUCCGAGUCGUAGACACGCUCUACAAUGGCAAGUUGGGCUCCUGGCUUGCUAUCCGGAUUGGCAAGAACCAUCAGGAAGUAGAAAGGGGCAUCAUCCCCAACAAGAACAGAGCUGAGCAGCUAUCCAGUGUGCAGUACACCCUCCCAAAAACACCAGGGGGCGACAGAGCAGACUUCUGGAGAUUCAGAGGAUUGCGAAGCUCCAAGAGGAAUUUGCGGAAAAGCAGGGAAGACUUGUCUGCUCAGCCAGUUCAGACCAAGUUCCCUGCGUACGAGAGGGUGGUGCUGAGGGAAGCUGGGUUCCUGAGGCCUGUGGUUAUUUUCGGGCCAAUAGCAGAUGUGGCGAGAGAAAAACUGGCCAGGGAGGAGCCAGACAUCUUUGAACUAGCAAAAACACAGCAGCAACAAGGAGGGGAAAAGAGUGAACCCAGGGAUGCAGGAACAGACCAGAAAAGCUCUGGCAUUAUCAGACUGCACACUAUCAAGCAGAUCAUUGAUCGGGACAAGCAUGCAGUGCUGGACAUCACUCCUAAUGCAGUGGACCGUCUGAACUAUGCUCAGUGGUAUCCAAUUGUGGUGUUUCUCAACCCAGACACCAAGCAGGGUGUGAAAAACAUGAGAACCCGCCUAUGCCCUGAGUCCAGGAAAAGUGCUAGAAAACUUUAUGAACGAGCUCUCAAACUGAGGAAGAACAACAACCACCUCUUCACCACCACCAUUAACUUGAACAACAUGAAUGACGGUUGGUUUGGAGCACUAAAAGAGAUAAUCCAGCAGCAGCAAAACCAGCUUGUAUGGGUUUCAGAGGGCAAGGCUGAUGGGGCAGCUGAAGAUGACUUGGAUAUCCACGAUGACCGCCUGUCCUACUUGUCGGCACCAGGCAGUGAGUAUUCCAUGUACAGCACUGACAGCCGCCACACCUCCGACUACGAGGACACGGACACAGAGGGCGGGGCCUAUACCGACCAGGAACUGGACGAGACACUGAACGAUGAUGUGGGUCCACCUGCGGAGCCUGCCAUCACCCGCUCCUCUGAGCCUGUACGUGAGGAGCUGCCUGUCAUCCAGGAUCCGCCGGGCUACGCUGGCUACCCACACACAGUGCAGCCGGACCCCCUGAACCGCAUUGACCCGGCAGGAUUCAAGGCACCAUCGCCGCAGCAGAAAGCAGAGGCCGCUGCCGUCCCUAGCACCCCCCAGCAGCCUGAGCCCCUGGCAGAAACAGUGCCCUCUGCUGUGGACGUUACUGUAAAAACUGUAGGGGGUCUGAGCCCUGACGAGGCUCCUGCAGCUCCCCAAAGGCAGCCAAGCCCCAACCCAGAGGCUGGCUCCCUUAGGAGACCCACCCCUGAGCUAACCCCUCAGAGCGUCACGCCAGAACCUCUACAGUCUGGACCGGCCAGUUCAGAACCAAAGAUGUUUCAGAAGGAUCCAUACAGCACAGAUAACACAGGAAGAAUCGGUCACGGCGUGAAGCCUGUGAAUUACAGCCCUCAGCAGGGAUAUCACUCUGAGCAGCCAUAUAGAGAUUAUGACCACCCGCCCAGCCGGUAUGAUGUCAGCAGCAGUGGUGUGAGCAGCGGAGGUGGUUACCAAGAACCAAAGUAUCGAAACUAUGACUCUAACCUGCCCUAUGAGAACAGUGUGCCUCACUAUGACCAGCAACAGUGGAACCCUUACAGCCAACCGCUCUCUACUGCCAACUCCCAGGGCUACGACCCCCGCCUGCCGUACGGGGACGGCCCUGACUCCCAGUACACCCCUCCUCUACGCUUUGAUGAGCCCCCACCUCCACACGGAUUUGACGGACGACCUCGCUAUGGUAAACCAACAGGUCCAGCGCCUGUCCGUUUUGACGAGCCCCCACCUCCUGCUUUGGGGCCUGACAUGCACUACAACCAGGAUUCUCACCUGAACACAUACCCCUCAGCUGCCGGCUCCCCAGACCCAUCUCAGCGGCCUGCCUACAACCAGGGACCAACAGCGCAACAGAAGAGCUACAAACCUCAGCAGUAUGACCACAUUCCUGUGAACUCUGAAACCAGCCCCACACCCCCUCCAAAAGAGGCACCCUCACCUUCACCCCCGGAUGCUCCAAAGCCUGUCGCAGCCAGAAAUGAGCCAAGCGAGGAUGACCCUGCCAUGAAGCCACAGUCAGUCCUGAACAGGGUCAAAAUGUUUGAGAACAAACGCUCUGUGUCUGUAGAUAGAGCCAGAGAUGCAGGGGACUCAUCUGGCCACAGGGCAGCAGACCUGCCAUUGAAAUCAGGAGGAGUGAUCCCUAAAGCAAACUCUCUGAGCAACCUGGAUCAAGAGAAAAACCUCAGAGCUCCAGGGCCUCAGAAGCCUCAGUCUAAGGUAGCCGAUGACAUAGUUCGCUCCAACCACUAUGACCCAGACGAAGACGAGGACUACUACAGGAAACAGCUGUCUUACUUUGACAAACUCCAGGCUGGGCCCAACAAACCACAAGCACAAACAACUCAAAAUUUCCCCAGGACGGAGUCUGUGGACAAACCAAGUCCUGUAGAGAAAAAGUAUGAACCAGUUCCCCAGGUGACGCCCUCUCUGCCACCAGUGAUACUGCCCAAACCUGCACCUGAAGCCAAGCCUCCUGCAAGAGAGGAUACUGUCCAGACCAACUUCCUGCCUCACAAGAGUUUCCCUGAGAAGUCUCCAGUUAACGGCACAAGUGAACAGCCUCCAAAGACGGUCACUAGCAGCGGGGCUCCACCAGCAUCCACCUACAACCGCUAUGCACCCAAGCCCUACACAACGUCUGCCAAGCCUUUUGCACGCAUGUUUGACAGUCCAAAAUUCAACCACAACCUUCUUCCCAAUGACAAGCUGGAUUCUGCUCCAAAGGGCCGGAGCUCCAGCCCAGUGAAGUCCGUGAUCCCCCCACAGCCCCAGAACACAGACCAUGACAGUGGCGUGGACACUUUCACACGCACUAUGGACCACCGCUCCAAACACCUGCACAACAACAUCAAUGCUGUGCCCAAGGCCAUCCCCGUGAGCCCCAGUGCCCUGGAUGAUGAUGAAGAUGAAGAUGAGGGCCACACAGUGGUUGCUACAGCUCGAGGUAUCUUCAAUGCUAACGGUGGCGUCCUGAGCUCAAUUGAGACAGGUGUCAGCAUCAUCAUCCCACAAGGCGCUAUCCCUGAUGGUGUGGAGCAGGAGAUCUACUUCAAGGUCUGCAGGGACAACAGCAUCCUGCCACCACUCGACAAGGAAAAAGGAGAAACUCUGCUCAGCCCCCUGGUGAUGUGUGGACCUCAUGGCCUCAAGUUUUUGAAGCCUGUGGAGCUACGCUUACCUCACUGUGCGUCUAUGACCCCUGAUGGUUGGUCUUUUGCUCUAAAAUCCUCCGACUCCUCGUCGGGUGACCCAAAAAGCUGGCAGAACAAGUCUCUCCCUGGAGACCCCAACUACCUGGUGGGAGCCAACUGUGUCUCUGUGCUCAUUGACCAUUUUUAAGAUGGACCAGCAGGUGUUACUGAAUGUUGGAAACAUGUUGGAUUAGAAUGAAGAGGAUGGACACACAUACACAUACACACACAUGCACAAACACACAGACACUGACAGAUGCACUCCAAACAUGCUUUACUUACACACCACAUCACGGAGUAUGAAGAAGACCCUGUCAGUGCUGUUUACGGAUGAAGGCGAGACACCGAUGAAGGUUACAAGCUGUUCUUUGAACUCUUUUCCCAUUUUUGAAGUUUUGAUGUGAAUUGAAAACCAAUAAUGCAUGCAAUGCCCCAUGCCACUAAGGAUUGACACUAUAUAUUAUGAGGCAAUGUUUAAUGUCAUUUUUACAUGAAUAUAGAUGGAUGGAUGGCUUUUGAGGCAGCAUACAGGCUUCAAAGGUAUGUGUGGGUAUAUUUAUGCUAUAUAUGCAGACAGUAUAUAUAGUAGUAUAGAGAUGAUUUACUAAAAACGUACUCAUGAUUUCAACUACAAGUCAACAUCUUGUUAUUUUUCAGAAACAUGAACUUGUUUUUCAAAAUUUUAAUAAAGGUCUUCGGUUGAAGGAGCUGGCUAAAGCUGGAUUUGAACUCAAGCAGCACACUUUUUGAGAUGUUCUUCCUUCAGUCUUUCCUUUUUACUCUUCCUAAAGUAAUAUCUUGUAGCUUAAUUUCUUACUGCGUCUCUCCUUCCAGCCUGAGGGAGAUCUAUGCAUGUUCUUUACUCAGGUCCUCAGUUCUUUCCUCACAUAUCUCUCUCUGUCUCUCUUCCUCUCCUCUCUCUCUCAAAGUGCAUUCUUGCACUCUCACACAAAUAAGCAGUGAUGCCUUAUCUGCGAAUUAUUCACUUUUCAUUACAAAGAAAAAUAAGUUAUGAUAAAUUAUGGUAUAAUGUCAUUUGUUCUGCCAUUUCUUUGUGAACCCACUGUAUAAAUGAACUCGGGUUUAGCACACAGUAACAGUUGAUAAAGGAUAACAAAGGUAUGCUCUUCUUUUAUCUGCUAUGCAUUACUUAAAAAAAACACAAGAGAAAAGAAGCAGCUGUAAAUAAAGCUAGCAUAUUGCCUUGUUUCUUUUGUUUGUAAAUGAACUUUUUGUAUGUCUUUCUUUUUUGUAUAAAACUUAGAGAAAACAUGUUUUAAAAAGUGGAAGAAAGUGACCGUGGUUAUCUUUGUAUUCUGGAUAUACCCUUGAGCCUUGGAACUUGUAACCUGACAUUAAUACAUCACACCUUUUCUACCGAUGAAUUCGCACCUUGUUGAGGUCUCUAAGAAGGUCUUUUUUUGGCUCUUUAAGGAUGAGGAGGAAUGUGCGCUGGCUAAAACACAUUUAAAACAUGUUCUUUUGAAAGGGUGUGCUCUUAAAGUGUCCCCCUCACUGAUUUGUGAUACUGGAUGCUGUAUUGUGUGCCCUUAAAUGUAUUUUUGUACUAAUAGACAAUAUAUCAUGUAUGGCACACCAGUACCAUUUUAUUUUUUAGAUAUAACACAGCUUUAAUUGGAUAUUAGCUCUUCACGUGUGGCUGAUUUUUUUUCUCUUCUGCAACACAAUUUUAAGUAUACCACUGUAUUAAUAAAUAAAAUCAUUUU